AUCAUUCGACAAAACGUAAAGGCAAAUUGCAAAAAGUAAACGUUUUUUGUCUUUUGCAAUGCGAAGAUGCCAAAGACUCGACGCAGAAUUUUUAUUACAAGCAGUAAUAGACAAUCAAAUCAGACAGGCUCAGACGUCACUAAAUUUGUCAAGAGUGUCAAACUACAAAAAAAUUGUCUACUAAAUAGUCAAUAUGUUUCCAAUAUUUACGAAUUUGUAGGUUUAUCUAAAUAGAAAGAUUGCGUCUCAAUUCGACAUGUACAAACGUAGAAUUAAUUACUUUUUUGUAACUUGAGUGGCGUACUAUGCAUGCAAUAGAUCCAGCGAAAUGGGCGAUGAUAAUCAUCUUUGCGCUUUGCCAGCCGAGAUCGUGGUGUACAUUUUUUCAUUUCUGUCUGCAAGAGAGCUGAUAAAAUGCCGCCAAUUGUCUAUAAGAUUGAAAGAAAUAGUCGACAGUAUGAUUCAAACUGAAGCUUUGUGGCGACAGCACUGUAAAUCGGAAUUUUCGAGCAUUUACCAAAUGGCUCGCUAUAAAAGUAAACCAGGUUUGCUGUGGUAUAAUAUUUACAAGUCUCUGAAACUGUGGUCUAAACUGGCUUACGCCCGUGAAGAUUUGGACGAAUUCGCUUCGGCUUCAGAAUUGAGUAAUGAAAUUUCGAACGUCAUUAUACUGAGAGAUGGUUUGAUAGGAGUCCAUACCAGGGGUGGUAUAGUUUAUUAUCAUAUUGAGACUUUAGAUAAAGCUAAACGCGAAGAUAUUCGAGGAACAUAUUUACGUUAUAUGGAGAAUGAUGAUAUGAUUGUCGUUCUGAGUUACAACCUCCAACUCUUUAUCAUACGCAAGACCAUUCAAAACCCUCGCUUUGAGCCUUGUGUAAAGUUUGAUAAUGUAAAAACUUUUUUACUGAUCGAUGAAAUAACGUACUACGUUACUUUAAGUGAUGAUAUUUAUGAAUGUAAACGUGAGGACCUUACAAGCGAGAGGCUAGAACAUUCAGAUGACGGUGUCAUGUCUUUAAGUUAUAGUCGUAAUAAACUUCACAUUCUCACUUUUCAACGCAGCAUUUACUCUGUUAAUGGAAAGAACCUUGUUCUAGAAUGUACAUUGGGUUCUGAUACCAGUUUAUUGGAUCAGUUAUCGAAGUAUAAUUUUCUGGAGAGCCUCGACUGGAGAAUUUAUAACCAAUGGAUGUAUGUGCUUAAUCAUAAUCUGCCUCAUGGUCCAUUACGUGAUAUAAUUAAGGUCCGCAUGUACGGCGACGUUGUUUUCGUGGGAUCAAAUUGGGGAGUUCUACGUAUCUAUUAUGCACCAUAUACAGGUGAAAUAUUCGACCUGUAUAAUGCAGAACCUGUGAGACAAUUCAACUUUAUCGAGCGCUACGAUUGUCCAGUUCUAUCCAAUUGUCCUAUCAUUCAGAUCGAUGUGUCGGAGCGAGAAGACGGACACACAGUUAUUGUGGCGAUGCCUAAGAAAAUUGCCGUGUUAAAUUUAACUCAUAACUUCAAAAGGACUGCGUCUGUCGCUAUGUUGCCGUACCAUGAGAAUUCGAAAAUGAAAGUACUGAAGAUUAAAGAUUUCGUUUAGUAGCCAAAUAAUAAUAGUAUAGACGAUAACACUGACAUAUA